AAUGAAAGGGGAUGUGGCGAUUAGUGGAUGUUGCUGUUAUUGUCCUCUAGAUGGCAGUAGUGCUGAGCACACAGUUAGCAGAGACAUUAUCCGAGUAAAAGCUCAGAGCAAGGAAAACUCGUGUGGAGGUUCAGUGCUGAAGAAAUCACGACAACACACUCCAGCUUUUCUAUUUAACCUUCUGCUGCCAGACUGUUUAUCUGACGGACACUUCAGCUGCUUGCCUUUAUUCACUAUAUAUUGGGGCUCAACUGUAAAUGCCUCUACAAAAGCGAUCAGGAACGCUUGACUUUGUUAUUUCAGCUGCUAUUUCAUACGCAAACAGGCUUAAUGGAGGAGACGCGCAACCAUGUCAAACCGAGACAAACUCAAUCACUGAAGAGAAAAAACAAAAAAUGUGUCACCUGCACUCAGUGUGGAAAGAGUCUGGCAAACACAGAGAAUCUCAAGGUCCACAUGUUGAUCCACACUGGAGAGAAACCAUUCACAUGCUCUCUGUGUGGGAGGAGUUUCAGAGACUCAUCAAACCUUAAUAGACACAUGUUGAUCCACACUGGAGAGAAAACAUACAAGUGUGAUCAGUGCAGCAAAACAUUUUGGAUUUCUUCAGGGCUGAAGAGCCAUCUUAGAGUUCACACAAAGGAACAGCCUUAUUCCUGCUCUGUUUGUGGAAAGAGUUUCACACUUCAAGAUAGUUUAAGAAAACAUGAGAAGAUCCACACUGGCGUGAGAGAGUACAUGUGCUUUGAGUGUGAGAAGACCUUUCGUACGGCUGAACAUUUGAAAAUACAUGAGAGAACACACACUGGAGAGAAACCUUACAUGUGUUCACACUGCAACAAGAGAUUCAGUGAUUCAGGACAUCUAAAAAGACAUGAGAGGACUCACACUGGAGAGAAACCUUACAAAUGUUCACACUGCGACAAGAGAUUCGGUAAUUCAGGACUUCUAAAAAGACAUGAGAUGAUUCACACUGGAGAGAAACCUUACAAGUGUUCACACUGCAACAAGAGAUUCAGUAAUUCAGCACAUCUAAAAAGACAUGAGAUGAUUCACACUGGAGAGAAACCUUACAAAUGUUCACACUGCGACAAGAGAUUCGGUAAUUCAGGACUUCUAAAAAGACAUGAGAGAAUUCACACUGGAGAGAAACCCUAGGCGUGAGAUCAGUGUCCAGAGUUUCACACAGUUGUUGCAUCACAUGAAAAUCCACACAGGAAAGGAACGGCCUGAAUGGCAUGAGUUAAAGCAUGUGUAAAAUACUGUGUAACCAGAGCCCAACACUUAUUUCCUGCCAAACCUGCCAAUGACCAGUGACAUGAGAAUAUUCAAUUCACCUUUAUUUGUAUAGCGCUUUUACAAUGUAGAUUGUGUCAAAGUAGCUUCACAUAGAAGAUCAUAGUAAAUUGAAACAGUGUCAGUUUAGUUUUCAGGGUUUAAGUUCAGUUUAGUUCAGUUCAGUGUGGUUUAUUAAUCACUACUGAGAGUCCAAACACUGAAAAGCGAAUCCAUCGAUGCGCAGCUCUACAGAUCCCGAACCAUGCAAGAGAGUGGCGACAGCGGAGAGAAAAAAACUUCACCAAUUGGGGAAAGUGAAAAAUUACAAAAAAAAAACCUUGAGAGAAACCAGGCUCAGUUGGGCAUGACCAUUUCUCCUCUGGCCAAACUUCUUGUUCAGUGCUGCAGUCAAGGCGCUAGAGGCUGGAGAAUGCUGGACCUCAGCAAAGACUCGUCUGUCCCUGGAGCGUCACAGGAAUCAGUUUCAUGCUCUCCAUGACCACCACAGCAGCUGCUCAGGAUACGACCUGGUCCAGGAUUAUGGAAACCUUGGGAUGAGUAUCCCCAUGUGGAAAUAGAGAAUAAUUAGCGUAGCUGCUGUUCAUAGUGUAUAUAAAAGAGAUGCAAAACCUGUGUAGAGGUUGUGUAUGUAUCAUACCGCUAAGUGAUGCAUGGAGUGUAUGAUUUUCUAAAAAGAUACGUCUUUAAUCUAGUUUUGAACUGUGAGAGUGUGUCUGAGCCUCGGACAUUAUCAGAAAGACUAUUCCAGAGUUUAGGAGCCAUAAAUGAGAAGGCUCGGCCUCCUUUACUUGACUUUGCUAUUCUAGGUAAUACCAGACUAGCUUUUCUGCAUCUGAGAUGGAUAGCAUACUUCGUAACUUAGCGCUAUUUCUCAGAUGAAAGAAAGCAGUUUUUGUGACAUGGGAUAUAUGAUUUUUAAAAGUUAAAUUGCUGUCUAAUAUGACACCCAGAUCUUUUAUAGUAGAACUAACGCUAACUUUGUAUCCCUCUAAUUGUAGGUCGAGUUGUGAGAUCUGCUGUGUACAGGAUUUAGGCCCAAUAAGUAAUAAUUCUGUUUUGUCUGAGUUUAAGAGAAGAUAAUUGUUGGUCAUCCAGUCUUUAACAUCUUUAAUACACUCAGUUAGCUUGGACACUUUAGACGUCUCGUCAGGUUUAGUUGAAAUAUAUAAUUGAGUAUCAUCUGCAUAGCAGUGAAAGCUGAUCCCAUGUCUUCUAAUAAUGUCUCCUAGGGUUAGCAUGUAUAUUGUAAACAGCAAAGGGCCUAAAACUGAUCCUUGAGGCACCCCAUACUUCACUGGGCUGACUUGUGAAGGCUGUCCAUUAAUGUUCACAAACUGGUAAUGGUCAGCUAAGUAUGAUUUAAAUUCUACAGGUGUCCAGGGACAGGCUCUACAAUGGUUUAAGUGGUCUAUGAGGAUAUUGUGGUCGAUGGUGUCAAAUGCGGCACUAAGAUCAAGUAAAACUAUUAGUGAGAUGCACCCUUGGUCAGCAGCUAAGAGGAAAUCGUUGGUUAUUUUCACUAAUGCGGUUUCCGUACUGUGAUGAGCCCAGAAACCUGGCUGGAACACUUAAAAAAUAUAUACCAGACAAGUUUUUAUAUUGGACAUGCAGUUAUACUACUACAUUAACUCAUAAUGAUGGGUCGUUCUUGAAUCAAUUGUUCAUUUAAUGAGUCUUCUCUUGGAGUGAUUCGUUCAUACGCGCACAUUUGUGCAGAUGGAGGAGGAGAUUAGUUGUUUUUUCGAGUCUUCUAUCAGGUUUGAGUUGUUUGUUCAUCACCUGAAAGACAAAAGACAAUCAUGUACAGUCAGAGCUGGAAGAAGAUUUGAUCCGUUCAUCUCUCGAGUCUUCGAUUUGCCACUUUCAUCAAACGUAAUACGCAUCGACAAUAAUAUAAUGAAGGUGUUUACGUGAAGAGCUUUCAUGUAAGAGUUUCCUGUUAUUUUGGGUGACUUUAACUGCAGUUCAGCAGUUUCACAUUCACUCAUGAACAUUUCAUUCAUGCCCCCGUGACAAACUGGGGUAUUAGACGCAAAUAAGGCGUAAGGACUGGUGAGAGUGUUAUGGAAUUUAAUAACGCACGCCGAAUGCGGUGUGUGUGUAUUUGCGGUCAUUUACUGACAGCCGUGUGUGUGGAUCUUGUCGGAAAAUAUGGCGAAAAGUCCUACAUGAUGGUAAUUGUUUGAUCAAAGUGUUUACUUCAAUAAUGCCACUAAUAUCUGCAUACUCCACAUGUCUUAAUUCCAUUUCUGUUUAGUUCAGUGAUGACUUUAGUCAGAUUAAGGUGAUCAAAAAUCUCUGUUACGAGUUUCUGUAUGCCUACAGUUCAGUAUUCAUGUUUAACUGAAUAAACAGUCAGUAAGCACGAGUA